AUGGAUCAGGACCAGACGAAAAGAAGAAGGAUUGGGAGUGCGGCAUUUGCACUUGUCGGAUCAGGAACGGGCUGUUUGUCAUAUGGAACCGGGAGAUACUUUGCGGUUCUCCAAGCUCUCAAGAAGGGUAUGUUCAGGCCUAAUAUGGGUGGUGUUAUGCUGGUCACUUUGACGAGUGGAUUUGUUGCGGCUGGUGGUGGAGAUGGAGCGAAGGAGACAUGUGAGCUAAAGAGAAAACUUUGUCUUACCUGUGUUCAAGGGACUAACGAACUAACGGAGUAA